UUUCACCUAUAUCACUCGUAUUCUGCAGUUAGACCAAGACGGGUGCCCCUCCGAUUCCAGGUGCUGCCCCUCCCUCUAAGCUGAGCUGUACCCCACCAUCUCAACUUCAAGUUUCUCACCUUGAACCUAAACAUCUCACUGUCGACAUCAGCCCCCACGAUCAAUAUGAGCAAGACCGAGCAAAAGGCGUGCCUCAUUGUCAUUGACGGAUGGGGCGUGCCCACCGAGGCGUCGCCCAAGGACGGCGACGCCAUCACCAACGCCGAGUGCCCCGUCAUGGACGGGUUCGCCCAGCAGAAGGACUGCUACACCAAGCUCGAGGCGUCGUCGACGUCGGUCGGCCUGCCCGAGGGCCUCAUGGGCAACUCCGAGGUCGGCCACUUGAACAUUGGCGCCGGACGCGUGGUGUACCAGGACGUCGUCCGGAUUGACCAGACCAUCAAGGAGGGCAAGCUUGGACAGAACCAGGUGCUUGUCGACUGCUUCAAGCGCGCCAAGAAUGGCAACGGCCGUCUGCACCUCUGCGGUCUCGUUUCCCACGGAGGCGUCCACUCCAAGCAGACGCACCUGUACGCGCUCCUGAAGCUCGCCAAGGAGAUGGAGAUCCCCAAGGUCUUCAUCCACUUCUUUGGUGACGGCCGCGACACCGACCCCCGGAGCGGUGCUGGCUACAUGCAGGAGCUGCUCGACACCGCCAAGGAGAUUGGCACUGGCGAGAUUGCCACCGUGGUCGGCCGCUACUACGCCAUGGACCGCGAUAAGCGCUGGGAGCGCAUUGAAAUCGCUCUCAAGGGCAUGGUCCUCGGCGAGGGCACGACCUCUGAGGACCCCGUCCAGACGGUCAAGGACAGCUACGCCAAGGGCGGCGGCAAGGACGGCGACGAGUUCCUGAAGCCCAUCAUUGUCGGCGGCGAUGAGAGGCGCAUCAAGGACGACGAUACCGUGCUGUUCUUCAACUACCGAUCUGACCGCGUGCGCCAGAUCACCCAGGUGCUCGGCGACGUGGACCGCUCGGUGCUGCCCGACUUCCCCUACCCCAACAUCAACCUCACCACCAUGACGCAGUACAAGGUGGACUUUCCCUUCCCCGUGGUGUCCAAGCCGCAGGUGAUGGACAAUGUGCUCGCCGAGUGGCUCGGCAAGCAGGGCGUCGAGCAGGUGCACGUUGCCGAGACGGAGAAGUACGCGCACGUGACCUUUUUCUUCAACGGCGGUGUCGAGAAGGUGUUUGCGCUCGAGACGCGCGACAUGGACCAGGAUCUGGUGCCGUCGAACAAGAGCGUGGCGACCUACGACCAGGCGCCCGAGAUGUCCCAGGACGGGGUGGCCGAGCAGGUCAACAAGCGGAUGAAGGAGCAAAAGUUCCCCUUUGUCAUGUGUAACCUCGCGGCCCCUGACAUGGUCGGCCACACGGGCGUGUACGAGUCGGCGCUGACGGCGGUCGAGUCGUGCGACAAGGCGAUUGCCAAGAUCUACGAGGGCUGCAAGGAGGCUGGCUACAUCCUGUUCAUCACGGCGGACCACGGCAACGCGGAGGAGAUGAAGUUUGCGGACGGCAAGCCCAAGACGAGCCACACGACCAACAAGGUGCCCCUCAUCAUGGCCAACGCGCCCGAGGGCUGGGCUCUCAAGGACACCACCGAGGGUGUGCUGGGUGAUGUGGCGCCCACGGUGCUGGCGGCGCUCGGCCUGCCUCAGCCGGAGGAGAUGACCGGCACCAGCCUGUUGGAGAAGGACCUGAAGCGCGCGGCGCAGGAGUAAACUACAUGUACUCUGGGGACUGUACAAGAAAAGGAUAGAGGGCGUUAGCGAUAGAGGACAUUGGUGAUAGAGAGGCGUUGGUUGAUGGAGCGUGAGAAUAGAUGAUUAGUCUCGGGGUGCCACGUGUCUACCUACUUUACGUUAAGAGCUUCUUGAAUGAUGCAGUUGGAUCAUCUUGAGACUCAGUCCUUACUCAGUCCUUCAGACGCGGUGUCUUCGAGGCUGUACGUGCACUUCAUCGUCCAGUCUGUCCAUGCCCUGAAAGGUGAUGCGG